GUGUGUGUGUGUGUGUGUGUGUGUGUAUUGUUUACAUUGUCUGCAGCCUGUCCAACAUGAAUCCUCCGGUGAUGAACUGCAGCAGCUCCGUGUCCACCACCAAAAAAAAACGAGAAGCCGAGCGCUCCGUGAACUGGACGGUGGAGGAAACGCAGGUGCUGCUGUGCGCCUGGAGCGACGAGCGCAUCCAGAAGAGUCUGGCAGAAAACCUCCGCAACCGGCAUGUCUUCAAACACCUCUCAGUCCGCAUGAGCGAAAUGGGUUUCUCCCGGAGUCCACACCAGUGCCGGCUUCGAGUCAAGACCCUGAAGGCUAACUACGUGAGAGCCAAGCUGCAGAGGAGCGUCGACAGCUCGCAGCCCUGCACUUUUCGAUAUUUUGCAGAGAUGGAUGCGGUUUUGGGCCGGAGGUCAGCGGGAGAGGACGGAGGCCCCUAUUUUGUGUCUCCAGAACGGAUGGCGGCGUAUCGCCUUGACUCCAUUGACAGGACAGGAAGUAUCCCGCCAGAUUUAAAUUCUAAUACCGAGAUUAGUGAACACAGUUUUGGUUCUCUGGGGAGGGCAGGAAGGCAGCGUUGGAGCUCUUUAGAGGAGAAAGGAGGCCAUCAGUCGUGGCAGCUCGACGCUGAAGUCAAGUUGGAGGACAGAGAAGACUCAACGGAUGAGUUUGAGUUCAGCAAUUCAGGAUUCCCACAGCGGCACCAUGGAACUUAUCUGGAAUCAUCCAUCCAUCGUGAAAUGACUGGUACACCAGAGGAAAACCGCUUGAGCACUCCUUCCCCACAUGUCGUACCACCUCCGCCUCCAGCUGCUCCUCCUUCUCCCCCUCUCACCCAAUCCGCUGCCUCUCCUCUCCCUGCACCCCCAGACCCAAUCCCCAACACCCUCCCCACCUCAGCUCAUCAACACCCAGAGUCCUCCUGCUUCAAGCACCUGUCGGAGGGCUUCCAGCGGCUGGCGUCGGAGACCCGAGGCCUGCUGAUGCAGCUGGAGAGCCAGCGGCAGGAGCAGGCCCGCUGGCAUCAGGAUCUCCUGGCCCAGUGGAUGCAGAGGGAGGAGCGCCGGCAGAGGGAGACGGCCGAGAGGGAGGAGAGGAGGGAGAAAGCUCGGAUGGAGCACGAGAUCAGGGUCCUGGAGCUCCUCACCGGUCUAGCCAGAGAGCACGGGUGUAGAUGUGGAGGCAGCCAGACUGUCGCAGAGGCACCGACUGGUCCAAAUCACAGCACGAACAAAGGAGGGAAUUAGGAAACACCAAGGUAUCAUUUUUUCCAAAGUGUGGAACGGUAUUCAAUCUCAGGUGGAACCAAAUGACAUCACUGGAUGAAGCCUUAAUCCUAAAUGAUACGGAGUGAGAUUUUUUUAUUAAAAACCAAAUUCAGGAAGAGUGUCAAAAUCCAAAGAGUUUGUGAGUAAGAUGAUUGUCGACUGAAAACCAGGAGGUCAGGUGAUGAAAUCUUACAAGGAGAAAUUACAGUUGAAGUGUAAAGUGGAUUUCUUAGGCGUCACCUGAUUGAACCAAAUGUAAUGGAAACUGUUUCAUGCACUUUAAUAUAAAUUAAAAAAAACAGAUAUUUUC